UUGACAUGUCUAUGAUUUUUGCCGGCUCGCGAGUUCCGGAGGCGAGUGCGCGAUCAGCUGUUGCCUGAAAAUAAACUCAAGGGAAGAGAAUAGAGAAUGUUGUUGCACAGGGCGAGGUCUUUGUUUCGCGGCGCGACUAUUCUCAAAGAGACGAACGCAAUAUCCAGACCCAUCCUCCGGUCGUCGAUAACCACGCCAUCCGGGGCGAUCCUGCCCGAACCGAAGAGGACUCCGUUCAGUUUUCUGGGCGUCGUCAGCAGCGUCGUCUUUGGCCUCCUGGUGGGCGCCACGAUCAGCAAGAACAUAGCCAACUUCCUGGAGGAGAACGAUCUCUUUGUUCCCUCCGAUGACGACGACGACGACGACGAUGAUUAGUACAACGAUCAGCAUUUAGCUUCGUUGUAAUUGUUGAAUCAGCCAGUGUUAGACAUGCUCUUAAUGCUAAUGAGUCGUUUGAUGCCACAGUGAUACAAGAGCAGUAAUGAUACGAAUUCAAGUAAUGCAGGGAGAGAAAUUUCUUCGCUUAUGCAACUUAGGUAUCUUAUUUAUGAUAUACUCUAAUACCUGAGAGAGAUUAUGUAAAUUAUCAUAGAAAUAUUUAUUUAUACAGUUGUUGGAAGCUAAGUAGAUCUUUUAAAAAAAUCUAUGUAUAAACUUUGCUGUUGUUGUGCAUGACUUGGCGCAAGACACUCUAUUGUGUCUUGAUCUAAAUAUAAUAUAUAUAUAUAUAUAUAUAUAAUGUAUAUAAAUAAAUUGAAUUAUAUGUUAAAUACAGUGUAAGUAAUACAAAAACGCUCGUUAUGGCAUCUAUACAAUCGAGUGGCGUUUUAUAUCAGAUGUACAUGCUAUUAUAAUUACACGUAUCUCUUUUCAGUCUUCGAUGAAUAUUCACAAAUUUCUAAAUGCGAUUUUCAAUAGCCUGCUUAGAAUUGACAUUUUAAUAAUAUUUACUAGAGGCGCAUAGCACAAAUCUAGAAAACUCGUGAAAAGACUCUAUUUCAACUCUUUUAACACUAUACAAAUAAUGAAUUUAUCCUUCUUACAAAAAGAUUGAUAUUUCCCCCUAAAAAAAAGCUUUUUUAAUAUUACAAUUCGACGAUAAAAUUUGUAUCACAAUUCAUCGAAUAAUUUAAAAAAUGUGUACAAUCACAUUAGUUAUCUGAAACAAAAUUGUAAGAAAUAAAAGCAGAUACACAGUCUAGUCUGUACGAAAGUUCAUAAAUAUGUGUAUAAAUAAAUAAAUAAGUCUUGUUGAAUACACAGAACACAGAUUAUAAUGAAUAAGGCAGAUAAAUCUUCUUUUUAGUGUGUAAUAAAGUAGAAGAGAAUCUCAUCACAAAGAAUCUUGUUAAAGUCCAAAAUACAAGUUUUUUUGAUAGAAAAACUGUAUCAGACAUAAAUCGAACAAGUGCCCAUCUACUGAUAAAAUAAAUCUGGAUUGAAUUAUAUACGCCAAACAGAUUGAUCCAUAGUAGUAAAUAAUAUGUGCUCAAGAUAGCAUAAAGAAUUAUUCAAGUUAGUCAAAAGCAAUCGCGAAAAUAUAAGCUUCGUAAAUUAGAUAUAUUAUUAUUUAGUGAGCAAUUAUCAUAUUUUCUCAUUUAGAUCGAUUGUUUGCAUCAAAGAUACACAGAUUAUUGCGAUGGAUUGACUUCCGUUUGAUUGCGAAGUGCGAGUAAAAACGAGAAAAACAAGAUCGCGAUACAUUACAAAUCUAAUGUUACGCUUGUGUUCAUUUGACCUGUGUAUAAAACUAUUCCAAACCUUAAGCGUAGAGAGUGAAAACUGACUCGAUUUUACUGCGGCGGUCUUUUGUGUAAACCCCAACCGUGAAAACAUUUCGUGAAUCUCCUGGAUUCCUUACCUUUGGCAGUUAAAAAUAACUUACGGGGUUUCUCGGGUUGCUUCACGCGCAAGUGUUGAAUAUAUACCUGAAAAAUAAAUGAUAUAUUGAUCAAUUUUACAUUA